AUGAAAAAGUCUAUCAACGGAUACUUCCUAAUCGCAGUGAAGCCGGGUCGGAAGAAGCAAGUGCACCAGAUGAUUUUGAGUCGCAUCAAGCGAAACGGCGCUAAAGAACUCGCGCCAAUCUGGACGAAGAGCGAAAAGGCGGUGAUGAAGAUGACGAUGACGACUCUCCUCUAG